UUUAAUCCGUUGCCCUUCGUCCUCUCAUCUCUUCCUCCCUCCACUCCAUAGCUGAAACUUUAGAGAGCACAAUUUUCAGAACGCUCCCAUUUGCCAUUUCUCCCUGUUUUUUUCCUUCUCAAAAUUGUUUUCCGGAAGAGGCAGUGAAGCUGAAGCUGGUGUUCUGGCAGAGUUCGAAGUAGAGAAAGCGAGAAAUUUGGGCGAAAAUGGCCGACUUUAUCAGAGCUCUGAACUUCUCCGCGAUGGAGAUGACGCCGUGUAGUGCUGUGAAAUCGUUUUCCUGGAAAAGGUUGAGGAGUCAGAAACAUGUGCUUUGGCGUUUAGGUACGGGAAACCGCGCGUAUAAAUCCGGUGCGGCGAUGGAAGAAGAAGCUCUACGGAUUAGGUGCGGGGGCAUUGGUGGUAGCAGUGCCGGUGUGGCGGUGAUGGAAAAGUUUGCGGAUGAAGAUGAUUAUGUGAAGGCCGGCGGCUCUGAGAUUUUGUUUGUUCAAAUGCAACAAAACAAGCACAUGGAGGAACAGUCUAAGCUUUUGAAUACGUUGCCGGGAAUAUCAGUAGGGGAACGAAUUUUAGACUUGGUAGUCAUUGGUUGUGGUCCCGCUGGCCUUGCGCUUGCUGCAGAGUCGGCUAAGUUGGGCUUGAAUGUGGGACUCAUUGGGCCUGAUCUUCCUUUCACAAAUAACUAUGGGGUUUGGGAAGAUGAGUUCAAAGAUCUUGGGCUCCAGAGAUGCAUUGAACAUGUUUGGCGAGACACCGUUGUAUAUCUUGAUGCUGGUGAUCCUGUUCUUAUUGGCCGUGCAUAUGGACGUGUUAGUCGCCAUUUGCUUCACGAAGAGUUAUUGAAAAGGUGUUUGGAGUCAGGGGUUUCAUAUCUUAAUUUGAAAGUGGAAAGGAUUGCUCAGAAUGCAAUUGGUCAGAGUCUUGUGGAAUGUGAAGGCAACAUCAUCAUCCCAUGCAGGCUAGUUACCGUUGCAUCGGGGGCAGCCUCGGGGAAAUUGUUGCAGUAUGAGGUUGGGGGUCCAAGUGUUUCUGUUCAAACAGCUUAUGGCAUGGAGGUUGAGGUGGAAAACAAUCCAUAUGACCCCAGCCUGAUGGUUUUCAUGGAUUACAGAGACCAUGUCCGACACAAAGUUCACUCUUUAGAAGCACAGAUUCCAACUUUUCUGUAUGCAAUGCCCAUGUCUGACACACGAGUCUUUUUUGAGGAAACCUGUUUGGCUUCAAAAGAGGCUAUGCCUUUUGAGCUCUUAAAGAAGAAAUUGUUAUUAAGACUGGAGACAAUGGGCGUCCGAAUAAAGAAAAUUUAUGAAGAGGAAUGGUCUUAUAUCCCAGUUGGUGGAUCCCUGCCAAAUACAGAGCAAAGAAACCUUGCAUUUGGUGCUGCUGCUAGUAUGGUUCACCCUGCUACAGGAUAUUCAGUAGUAAGAUCAUUGUCAGAGGCCCCAAGAUAUGCAUCCGUCAUAGCAAAUAUUUUGAAACAAAGUCGUGGCAUGAAUAUUCUUAUGAGUUCAGGAAAUAUUGAACAUAUUUCUACUCAAGCUUGGAAUGCCCUUUGGCCGCAAGAAAAGAAACGACAAAGAUCAUUCUUCCUAUUUGGUCUGGCACUUAUAUUGCAGCUUGAUAUUGAGGGAAUCCGUACAUUUUUUCUCACGUUCUUCCGCUUGCCAAACUGGAUGUGGCAAGGGUUUCUGGGAUCAACGCUAUCCUCAACAGACCUAAUGCUAUUUGCGCUGUACAUGUUCGUCAUUGCGCCCAACGAAAUGAGGAAAGGCCUAAUCAGGCAUCUGCUUUCUGAUCCAACUGGUGCAACCAUGUUAAGAACGUUUCUCACUCUCAAAAUCUAACUCAAAUAAUCACAUGGAGCGAGUAGUUUCUUAAUUACUACUGUAUUAGUAUUAUCAUGGUGAUAUUAUGUGUAUCUUUGCUAUGGUAUUAAUCUUCUAACACACUAUGUUUUUAAUACUUUUUGUAAAUAUAUGUUUAGUUGAUGA